UAGAAUAAUAUUGGUUACAAUUGUUUGCUGCUUAUUCAUCUGGCAUGGCUUGUUGUUAUCUGGUGUUAGUGCUAAAAAUACACUUGCACCUGGAGAAUACUUGUUACCGUUUGAUGACGAGUACUUGGAGUCAUCAAAUAAACUCUUUGAGUUAAAAUUCCUGAAGCUACCCGGCUCUAGCUCUGCUUUUAGAUGCUUUUUGAGUAUACAGUGGGCUGGUUAUUUGGUCACAUCCACUUCUGAACGAAGAACAAUUUGGGUUGCUUGGCUAGGUGAAAGCGAGACUUAUGUCGUUCCAGAAUUAAAAAUGGAUAGAGAAGGCCGGUUGUUGAUAUAUGGUGAACGUGAAUUCGUUAUAAACGAUGACCAGCAACAUCCAUAUGUUAUGAACACAACAGCAACUCUACUUGACACCGGCAACUUAGUGUUGCAGGGUGGGGGUCGUACGUUGUGGCAAAGUUUCGAUCAUCCCCCUGGUAAUAUUUGGAUUCCAGGGAUGAAAUUGGGCUGGUUUGGGCUACAAAAAACUCCUCAACUGCAGCAGCGUUGUCUCACUUCUUGGACAAGUGAGGAGAACCCUUCUCCUGGUGCUUUUAGCUUGUGUGUUGAUCCCAACAAUACCAAGCAGCUAGUUGCCAUGCGAAGAGGGAUUGUUUAUUGGCACAGUGGGGUCUGGAAUGGAUACAAUUUUCCAUUUCUUCAAGUCAAUUCCCAUCUCAGGUAUUUCUCUAAUCACAAUGAAAGCUAUUUUGCUUGGGAUGGGAAUUUUGAUGCGGGUGAGGCCUUUAUCAGAAUUUAUGCAACUGGGUUAAUCUCUGCACUUGUUGAAGACCAUAGUAACUACACAAUAUCAAGGAUUAACUGUGAUCGUAAUGAUACAUAUUAUUGAGGGGUGCCUAAAAUCACCCAAACAAUCCAAUUGUAGUGCCGGAGACAAGUUCAAUUUAACAACUGGUUUUAUCGAAUCGAAUUUAUGGGAACAAAUGUUAUUCAACACCACGUUAAAUAUUGGUGAUUGCAAUGAAAUGUGUGUCCAAAAUUGUUCUUGCAACGCCUAUGCUACACUUGAAACUGAUGGAACAGGCUGCAAAUUUUCAUCUUCCACUAAAUACCAGUACGCGUCUCAGGGCGACAUUCUUUACAUUCGUUAUGGAAAAACAGCAGCAAAUCAAAUCCAUUCUCCUCCACAUCGCCUUCCUGCUCCUCCUCCUGCAGCUUUGACAAGGGAUAUCUCACACCACAUGAUGAGAACCACAACUAUAAUUGCUCUUACAGUAAUACUCUCUGUCACCGCCCUUGCCCUGAUUUUCCUAGUUUGCUAUUCAAGAAAAAGUUGCACCUGCUGCUUCAUAGCCCCAAUUGUACAAUCCACGCAACAACUUGCUGGUCACGACGAGGAGUUACCUUUCUUCGAUUUUAAAUGCAUAGAAAUGGCCACAAAUUAUUUUUCUGAAGAAAAUAAACUUGGUCAAGGAGGAUUUGGUCCUGUAUACAAGGGAAUAUUAUCCAAUGGUCAAGAAGUCGCAGCAAAGCGGCUCUCAAAAAUGUCAGGACACGGAGUUGAACAAUUCAAAAAUGAAGUUCUAUUGAUCUCCAAAUUGCAGCAUAGGAAUCUUGUUAGACUUCUGGGUUGUUGCACUCAAGGAGAUGAGAGGAUAUUAAUAUAUGAGUACCUUCCAAAUAAAAGUUUGGAUUCAAUUCUUUUUGAUGCAAGAAAAAAAGUUUGUCUUGAUUGGGGAAAGCGUGCUUCUAUAAUUGAUGGGAUUGCUCAAGGACUUUUGUACCUCCACAAAUAUUCAAGACUAAGGAUUAUACAUAGAGAUUUGAAAACAAGUAACAUAUUGUUAGAUGUUCACAUGCACCCCAAGAUUUCUGAUUUUGGAACUGCCAGAAUAUUUAAAGAUAGUGAUUCUCGAGCAAGCACAAAAAGCAUUAUUGGGACCUAUGGUUACAUGUCUCCGGAAUAUGCAAUGGAUGGUUGUUUCUCGGAGAAAUCAGAUGUUUUUAGCUUUGGAGUCAUGGUAAUGGAGAUUGUAAGUGGAAAGAGAAACAAUGGCUUCUACAAUCCAGAUCGUGUUUCAAAUUUACUUGGUUAUGCUUGGAGUUUAUGGAUAGAAGGAAAAGUUUCAGAUCUAAUAGAUCCAACAAUGGACAAAAUGAUUUCAGUUAUUGAAGCAACAAGAUAUAUCCAAGUAGGCUUGCUAUGCGUUCAAGAUAGUGCGACGGAUAGACCGACUAUGACAGAUGUGGUAUCCAUGCUUGGUAAUGAAUCGACAAUCUUACAUAUUCCUAAGGAACCUGGUUUCUCAGCCAUCAUUGGUUUAAAAUGUGGUGAUGUUGCUAAUAAUUCAAAAUCUUGCUCUAUUAAUGAGGUCACAAUUACAGAGAUCGAAGGUCGAUAGCAACACUUGGUACAAAUUACUCUUAUUGUUUGCAAAGACUUUUUGGGUUAAUUUUGGUGCUAAAUAAUUAUGAACUUCAUCAAAUGUCUAAUUGCAAUUAGACAUCAUUUCUUUGAAUGUAAAGCUUUUAAAAUAGUUUUCAUUGUAAGACAAGCUUGUGUUU